UUUGCCUCACAUGGAGCAAUGCAAAGCAAGUAGCACCUUGUUGAGAGUCAAUUCGACAUUGUGUGCCUGUUCUCUCUCCAUGGCAACAAUAGUCGACGUCGGACAUGUUCGCUGCCGCACCACCACUGGACGAACCAAAGCACCCCCUGGCAAUCCUAUAGAUACCGGGAAAAAGGGAUGCGAACGGCCGGCGGCGUCCUUCGUGGCAUCUUACAAUCACCGUCUCCGUCGUCCCAUUCCUGUGCGACCCGGGCGACAUGGAAGUGCGCCGCGCAUACAUCCGUUAGGGGGAGGGAAACGGAGCCACCCAAACCUAUCUACCUACCCCGGAGACUCGUCGUCGACAUUGCGGCUCGUCUAUUAUGCUCUGCAGUCCUGACGACCUGCUGCGCUAGCCUGCAACGGGUUUCUUUGCCGGCUGUAGGUCGCCCUAACAAGUGUCCAGCUUGCCGCAUAACAUUGCUUUUUUUCCCUACACGGGAUCUUUUCUCUUAACGCC